AAGUAUAGCGAGCAGUGUUUACUUCCUGGCAGGGACAUUUAACAAGAAGGGUUUCAAAAGAGCUUUAAAUUGAAAUAAAUUGAUAAUAAAAUACUAGUGACAGUGCAUUCCCAACAUGUCAAAAAUACAAUUGCUCAAUGUGUUUCUGCGUGAGCGAUUGAUCGCGGCUGCUGUAGAGAUAUUUGGAGUAGUUGAAAAUACGAUAGUAGAGUAUCAAGAAGAAGUCUCCCGUUCGAAGGAGGAGAACAAACGGUUACAGAACAUGUUGGAUUUGGUCAUGAAACCACAAAUAAAGUUACAUAGAGCAGAACCUAGGCAUCAUGUCUCAGAAGAGGAAAUGAAGGGCGUCAGUCUGCGGGAAGAAAGUUCAGAGCCCGCACAAAGUACAGUGGAACAGGACUUCAGGACGAGACUGGUAGAAGAGCAACUGCAAGGGCCUGAGUCUCAUAGUCAUAACAUAGAGUUUGUAUUCACUCCUCCUUGUGUGAAAAGUGGGUUUGAACAGGACCCUUGGCCCUCGCACCUUUUUAAAACCCAGAUUGUGGAGGACAAUGAGAUUAAUAAUCUGUCGAGUACCCUAGUGGAACACAUGAAAACAGAACCUGAUGGAGAGGGCUACGGAGUACCAACGAGUGACCCACAGUUAAUGUUUGCAGUAAACGCACACUGUUCUGCAGCUCCGAGUGAAAACAUGAGCCCCCUGCAACGGAAAACAAAGAGAGGACGACCAUUUAGGCAUAUAGGAACACUGUCUGAAUUUAUGAAGAGACGCGCUUCAUACGAGCGAUUUCGAUGCCAUGUCUGUGGAAAGGGGUUCCCAGCCAGGAAGGGUCUGGGAGACCACAUGACGACUCAUACAGGGGAGAGGCCACACAGCUGUCACCUUUGUGGGAAAGGUUUCAAAGUGAAGAGUCAUCUGAACGAGCAUAUCAGGGUUCACACAGGAGAGAAACCGUUUGUCUGCCCAGUCUGCGGGAAAGCGUUCAGGCAGGACGCUCAUAUGAAAGGACAUUUGAGGAGGACUCACAAGGAGAACCCAUACCGAUGCCAUGACUGUGGCGAAAGCUUCAGUCAGAUGGGAGAGCUGCAAGUGCAUAGGACAGUGGCCUGUGGUCCGAUUGUCCUGGGCCUUUGACGUUACUGUCCUUUCCCUGAUGCCUUUGGUGACACAGACGUUUUAGUCUGGCAGUCAUGAUAAGGACAAUUGAAAUGUGUUAUUGAAGGAAAAAAGGAAGCAUAAUCUGUCCACAGAGUAAGAAAGGUUUGAGGGCGAAGCUCCUAUCUUAGCUAAAAUUCAUAAAUGGGAGGGCAUUUCUAGAAAGCAUGUAGCCUGUGGUUGGUUGUCUGUACAGUGCUGUGGAAAAGUAUUUGCCCCAUUUCCAAUUUUCUCUACUGAAUGUUAUCAGAUCUUCAACCAAAAUCUGAUAUUAGAUGACAGGAACCUGAGUGAACAAUUUUUAUAUGUAUAUUUAUUUUAUAUAUAUAUAUAUAUACAUAAAAGUAUGUGGACACCCUUUCAAAUUAGUGGAUUCGGCUAUUUCAGCCACACUUGUUGCUGACAGGUGUAUAAAAAUCCCAUACUGAAGAGCCCAGUGACUUUCAAUGUGGCACCGCCAUAGCUGCCCUGUAAGUGCUGUUCUUGUGAAGUGGGAACGGAACAACAAUGGCUCAGCCGCGAAGUGGUAGGCCACGCAAGCUCACAGAACGGGGCCGCCGAGUGCUGAAGUGUGUAAAAAAUCAUCUGUCCUUGGUUGCAACACUCACUACUGAGUUCCAAACUGCUUCUGGAAAAAAAACGUCAACACAAGAACCGUUCGUCGGGAGCUUCAUGAAAUGGGUUUCCAUGGCCGAACAGCCGCACACAAGCCUAAGAUCACCAUGCGCAAUGCCAAUCAUCGUCUGGAGUGGUGUAAAGCUCGCCGCCAUUGGACUCUGGAGCAGUGGAAAUGCGUUCUUUGGAGUGAUAAAUCACACUUCACCAUCUGGCAGUCCAAUGGACAAAUCUUGGUUUGGCAGAUGCCAGGAGAACGCUACCUUCCCCAAUGCAUAGUACCAGCUGUGAAGUUUGGUGUAGGAGGAAUAGUGGUCUGGAGCUGUUUUUCAUGGUUCGGACUAGGCCUCUUAGUUCCAGUGAAGGGAAAUCUCAACGCUACAGCGUCCAGUAACAUUCUAUAUGAUUCUGUGCCUCCAACUUUGCGGGCAACAGUUUGGGGAAGGCCCUUUCCUGUUUCAACAUGACAAUGCCCCCGUGCGCAAAGCAAGGUCCAUACAGAAAUGGUUUGUCGACAUGGUGUGGAAGAACUUGACUGGCCUGCACAGAGCCCUAAGCUCAACCCCAUUGAACACCUUUGGGAUGAAUUGGAACACCGACUGCGAGCCAGGCCUAAUCGCCAAACAUCAGUGCCUGACCUCACAAAUGCUCUUGUGGCUAAAUGGAAGCAAGUCCCUGCAGCAAUGUUCCAACAUCUAGUGGAAAGCCUUCUCAGAAGAGUGGAGGCUGUUGUAGCAGCAAAUGUCCAUGAUUUUGGAAUGAGAUGUUCGACGUGCAGGUGUCCACAUAAAUUUAUGAAAUACACUACAUGGCACAAAUGUAUGUAACACCCAAUGCUCCUGUGUGAGAAAGUAAUUGACCCCUUGCACUCAAUAACUCACCUUUAACUGCAAUGACUCCAACCAAAUGCUUCCUGUUAGUUGAUCAGUCUCUAACGUCGCUGUGGAGGAGUUUUGGCCCACUCUUCCAUGCAGAACUGCUUUAACUCGGUGACAUUUGUGGAUUUUCAAGCAUUGAACUGCUUGUUCAAGUCCUGCCACAACCUCUCAAUUGGGAUUAGGCCUGGACUUAACUUCAAAUGUGUUGCUUUUUAGCCAUUUUCAUGCAGACUUGAUUGUGUGUUUUAGAUCUUUGUCUUGCUGCAUGACCCAGCUGCGUUUCAGCUUCAGCACACAGCCGGAUGGCCUGACAUUCUCCUGUAGAAUUCUCUGAUACAGAGCUGAAUUGAAUCCAAAACGCACAAGUCUAAAACAACCAGUUAUUGUGUGUAAGGGGGCAAUGACUUUUUCACACAGGGGAACCGGGUGUUGCAUAACUUUAUUAAUAACACAACAAAUAUAUACUUAUUUGUAAAUUCAGGUUCCCUUUAUCUAAUAUUAGGUUUUGGCUGAAGAUCUGAUAACAUUCAGUUCCCCCAAAAAUGAGAGAGAAUCAGAAAGGGGUCAAAUACUUUUUCACGGCACUGUAGGUGGUUCUCCAUCCAAUCUUUUUAAGCGAGUAAAGUCCGUUGGGGAAGAAAUAUGUCACGACAGCCCUGAUGGAAGCAGCUAAUUUGUCGGUACAGUUAACUUUCCAAAUGUCGACACAUGCUAUACAGAGUGGGAUCUUUUUGUGUCGGUAAAGUAAAUUAUGCAACAAAUGGCGCUGGAAACGCCUUUAUGCUCAAAUAUAUCGAAGUAAAAGUCACAAGAUGAUAUGUUCUGUGGUCCUGCCACUGCGACUCAAAAAGCAUGUAUUUUA